ACCGCCGUUCCUUGCUUUGACCAUCACUGACCACAGCUCUAUUCUCUGCUUAGAUUUCCUUUGUAUGCUACAGUCUCGGACAUCGCUAUAAGACACUCACAUGGAAUAGUAAAGGGCCGCUUUCCUGCAUCGUACUGCCUGUCUGCUGUGAACUUGCUAUCGACUACCUUUCCAUACCCCAUCACUACCUGCCAGCGUCUGAUUCCUGACUCUGUCAAGUAUGCAUGCCCCAUUCCGCCCAGUCGCACCCCGAUUCAACAACUAUCACGGGCCCAAAGCGCGCGUGCUCGGCAACCCCGCAAACCACGUCCCUCCAGCAUGGCGAGCUAACGGCCAGCGCGUCCCGUCAGGACCGAAGGUGGCGCCCCCGGCAGGGAGCAAGAUCCUCAUCAGCAACCUGCCCCCGGACGUGAGCGAGAGGGAGGUGGAGGAGCUGUUCCAGAAGACCGUGGGCCCGCUGCGGGAGGUGCUGCUCGUCUACAACUCGCAGGGCCGCUCGAAGGGUAUGGCGGUCGUAGCAUUCCAGCGCGCGGGCGAUGCCGCUGUGGCAAGGGAGAAGUACAAUGAUAAAGUCGUGGAUGGCAGACGUCCUAUUAAGAUCGAGAUCGUCACGGAUGAGGUGCCAUCAGCUCAAACUCCAUCCGCCGCUGCCCCGCAGCUCCCUUCACUCCUCCAGCGCCUGGGUGUCAAAGUCCCGACCGGCACUGGCAAAUCAUCAGCUCCGGUACCUACUGCACCACGACCACGAGCCGUAGCGGCUACCGUGAACAAUGCAACCCGUGCAGUGAUGGCUCAACCCCGGCGUCGGGUGAAGAAGGGUGCCAGACGCGUAAAUAAGCGGCCAGCACCCAAGACUGCAGCGGAUCUCGACAAGGAGAUGGACGCCUACCGCGCUGGCUCGUCGGAGGCAGCAUGACAUGACGCUGACCAAGUCUUUUCUGGAUUUACUUCUCGCAUCGGACCCGGUUGAUAGUUGCUGCCUGGAUCUCUGGGAUAUACUGUAUCUAUAUAGGCUAUCAGACAGAAUAUCUAUCAAUUUUCUCUAGUGCAGCCCGCUGCAGCC